AUGUCUCCCUGCCUUCCCACAGAAAUUGCGGAAAGAGUUAUAGACUUUUUAUGCGAGGACCAGGAUGCACUACGACAAUGCGCAUUGGCUUCUCGCGCGCUGACCGCGAGGUGUCAAUUCUAUCUUUUUAGACGAUUCAACCAUGCAACCUUCCGCGACGAGAAGCGUCUUGCCGAUCUCACUUGCGACGCCCCCCAUCUGGCCAAACUCAUCACCAUCCUAUACGUUGACAUCUUCAUAACCCUCGACGCGUUUCCCAUCCUGCCCAAUCUCCGCGUCGUUCACAUGCAUGGAAAACCUCAGUACGGCCUGCUGCAGGUCCCUGCCUCGCUCUUCAACAAGAUCCGUGUGAGCACCCCCGCAUUGGUGGACGUCAGAAUCUCCUACGGCCAUUUGGACGAAUUGGACACGCUAGUACAAUUACUCCAUACCCGAACGAGCAUAACAAGCCUGGCUUUGGACACUGUCGCCGCACUCGGUGACCCCAUUGAACGCUCACUCGUGGCGCGUCCGAUGAACUUGAAUCAUCUGAAAAUCGUCGGCGCCGACGAUCUGACGUUAUCAUAUCUAUGGACCCACUUCAUCGGCCAACUGUCUUCGACGCGCGCCCUAUCGCUACGCCGACUCGACAUCGAAAUAACUGCGAGCACGGUCUUUGAAGCCAACUAUGCGCUUAGUUCCAUGGAAGCCUUGCAGGAUUUGAGAAUAAUUGUGCUCUACAGUCCGCCUCGUGAGGGAGCGCUCGACUUAUCCCAUAAUAACGUCCUCCAGUCGCUUGCCUUCUCCGUCGAACUAUACGGUGCUGGAUCAAGGACCGCACACGAUGUGUCAUUCAUAUCUGCAUCGUGCCAGACCGUAGCCUCGCCGGACUUCGAUCAUCUGUCGCUGCGCAUGUGCAUCGUCGUGAACUCCUCAAUGGACGAAUUCAAGAACUUGGGUACAGAAUUGCAAAGACCAGAGUUCAAGCGCUUGAAAGACUUGGAUAUUACGAUCUCCACCGAUCGUGUCCCUGAGUUUGCACAGAUUUUUCGGCCACUCGUGGACAAGGGAAUUCAUGUACAUGUCGCUGAUGUUGAUGGACAUUUCAAUCUUGACCUCUAA